AUGAAUACUCAUGUUACUCAACCAUUACAAAUAGAUGAAUGUAAUCAGCAUGAUACUAACAAUAAUAUGAAUAAUGACAGUAUUAUUUCAGAAGAUCUGUAUAAUCUUAUCUCUUCAAAUGAAUUAUCAUUGAAUAUGUUACAAAAUAUCGGUAGUAAUCUUUCAAGUCAUCAUAAUAUAUCCAGUAUAAAUUCUGAUUUCAGUCAGCUAGUUAUGUCCAACUGGAGAUUAUUUAGUGAACAAUACAAAUCAAUGAUAAUGAAAAUAUUGUCUAAUUAUACUAUUCAUUCUUCAAUCAAUUGUAUACAUGAAAAUGUAAAUCAUCAAUUAUCUACUUCAUCAGAUUAUUAUCAAUUGAAUUCGAUACCAGUGAAUACUUCAACUUAUCAGAAUUGGUCAUCUCAACCGUGUACAUUGAACAAUGAUAUAUAUACAAUAAAUAAACAUGAUACUAAAAUUAACAAUACAAACAUUCAUAUAUCAUCACAACAUAAUAUAGAAAGAAAAUCUAAUCAUAUAAAUAUAGAUCAUAUGAUGAAAAUAUUACCGGUUAAUAAUUCAUGUGUAUUCUCAUCAAAACCACCAUAUUCUUAUAUAGCACUAAUUGCUAUGGCAAUUAAAUAUGCACCAGGACAAAAAAUCACUUUAAAUGGAAUUUAUCGAUUUAUCAUGGAACAUUUUCCAUAUUAUCGAGAUAAUCGUCAAGGUUGGCAGAAUUCAAUACGCCACAAUUUAAGCUUGAAUGAUUGUUUUGUUAAACUGCCAAGAGAUAAAAGUAGACCAGGGAAAGGAAAUUAUUGGACUUUAUCAACAAAUGCAGAUGAAAUGUUUGAGCAUGGAAAUUAUAGACGUCGAAAAAGGCGUAAUAAAUCGUCAGUUUUUUCAGCAUCAACGCAACCAUUGUCGCCAUCAUUAGAUAGUCAACGAGAUAGAUCAUCUUUAACUAUUUCAAGGUUAUCAAAAUUUAUUAAUCUGUCUAAUGAAGUAGUAAUACUACCAACAGAAUGUGAUAUAAACUCAUCUGUUUCGUCGAUAUCUUCAUCAUCCUCAUCAUCCUCAUCAUCGACAACAUCGUCAACAUUAAGAAUUCCAAUCGAUCAAACUGUUAAACAACAUUUAUCCAAUUGUCGUCAAUAUACACCAGAAACAUCUGUCAUACACAAUGAAUAUGCAUAUCCUAAUAAUAAUAAUAAUAAUAAUAAUAAUAAUAAUAAUAAUAAUAAUAAUUUAUCAUAUGAAAACUUUACACGUUCAAUAAACUGGUUUAAUAAUCAACAGAAUACUAAUUAUACUCAACCAUCAUGGACUACUGAUAUUGACAAUUUAAGUAGUUAUAAAAAUCAUCAGUCAAUUAUGCGUCAUUUACCUUCAACUAUCAAAUUAUAUCCAAAUCUCUCCAAUAAUAAUAAUAAUAAUAAUAAUAAUAAUAAUAAUAAUAAUAAUAAUAAUAAUAAUAAUAAUAAUAAUAAUAAUAAUAAUAGUGGGAAUCAAUCCGAUGAAUGUAUAAACUCAUCUAUACCAAUCUGUUUACCAGAUUUUUCAAUUCAAUCUUUAAUUGGUAGUGAACAGGCGACAAACAGCUGUCAGUGCCUAGAAGAAGUUAUUCACAGUUGAAAGCUUAUGAUAAGAAGACAAGACUCUACUGUUCAAUAACCAUUCUCUUUGUAUUACACACCUAUACAUACUUGUUCACUUUCUAUUGGUGUCUGUGUGUGUGUGUGUGUGUGUGUGAAUGUUGUGAUUAUCUUACUAUUCUGUGAUCUAACUGAUAUUGUGUCACUGUUAACCUCUCCUAUUUGAUUUGUCUCUCCUCUUCUCUCUUGAGUUCCAGUCAUAAUAUAGAGAAAACGCUGAGUCUUAAGAGGGUGGUGUAUUUCGUUCGCUUCAGUCCUCUUUACAAUACCAUCAAUACAAUAACCACAACUGCCAGUACUAUUCCAUAAUAAAGCAAACUUUGUAAAUGUACGAUUUAGCUAAUUUUCACCUUCUUAUUCUUCGUCAGCAAAUUUGUUUAUGAUGAUAAAAAUAGCAUUUUUAAGUUGAUGAGUAGUCUAUUUUCUUUUUGGUUUGAUCCCGUUGGGUACUAGUCAAGAUAUGCAAGUCUUAUGUGCUAGGGAUGUCAAG